AUGAACCAAACUCACCCUCAGAGAAACGGUGAUGUAGCCACUUUGGGUCCAACAGAGUCCUUCUCUGGAGAAAGAGGUCGCUGCCAUCCCUGUGGUACCCGUGCUGGCUGCACACGGAGACAUUUCUGCAUCUCUGUCCUGGUCCUGCUCGUCCUCGCAGCCGCUGUGGCCGUGGUGGUGGCGCUGGCACUSCGGCCACGGGCACCAGCAAACCGCUUCUGCAGAGCCCCCAAUAACCAGACAGGCUUCUUGUGUGAYGACAGAGUGACCUGUGUCCCGGCCAGCUGGGUCUGUGACAGAGUCAGCGACUGCAGGGACGGAGAGGAUGAGCAGGAGCAGCUCUGUGGUGAUUUGCCCCACAGCCUCCCAGGAUUCCUGGUUUUCCACUGCAGUAACCCCAAAUCCUGGGUUUAUGCCGACCAGAGGUGUAACGGGAUGAACGACUGCGGGGACUGCUCUGACGAGCUGGGGAGCUUGGCCGCCUGUCCCCCGUGUGGGUGGCAGUGGUGGAGCUGCAGCCCCGUGCAUUACGAGUUCUGCUCCUGUGUCCCGCGGAGGCUGUGCCGGGACGGCGUCCAGCACUGCCUGGGCUGGUCUGACGAGUUCCUCUGCACACCCUGAAUGCUGGCACCCAYCCCUGCUGGGACAGSAGYGUGUCCCACAGUCACCCUGCAGCCUUGGGGUCCUGCCCUGCCGCCUCCUGGGAAGAUCCAGCUCAGCAAASCCUCCCCAGCAGCUCAGGGAUGCUCAAAAGGGAGUGUGGCAGCCCUUGGCUGGACCAGGCUGUGGACAGCUGCCAGGACUCUGCUGCUGUGAGAAUGUGAACAGUUCCUACAUGGGCAGCACCAACCCAGUGCUGUGCAGCUGCUGGGGACACUUCAGCACUGCUGGCACAGCCCUGGCCAGGGCUUUGUCCUCUGUGGCCACUCUGGGGUCUCUGCAGCCAGGGAAGGGACACUGAAAACUGCCCUGAGGAGUGGGAACUGAGUGAGGUGAGCCUCCAGCACAUCCUCACAGCUCUGAUCCUCACAGCAYGAGGAGAAGCUUCUAUUUGUGUUCAAAACCCAUCUGCAGAUGGUUUCAGCCCUGGCUCUGAGGGCUCCAUGUCGCUGCUUCUGGGACACCAUGGGUCGCUGCUCUCUCCUCAAACCAUGGAGGCCAACACAGAGAAUAAUGUCCAGGAAAACUGGGCAAGGUUCAGGAUUUUGGGGAUAAAUCACAUCUCUGAAAGCCAGGGUACAUAAAUAACCUGCACUUCCCCCAGGACUGUGCAGUUUUGCAGUAGCAGGUCGAGAACAGCCACGGAGCUGAAGUUGGCAAAGAAAGGAGGAACAAAGAAUCGCAGCCUCGGAGCAGAGAGCAGCAGAAAACCAAGUGCUGCUCCCAGGGAGGUGUGGGAUGACACUGGAUCUGUUUGCUGCUUGUUUUGUUCCUCUGCCAGCAAGGCAGGAUCAGGCAGCCAAGCCUUCAGAGCUGUCUCAGGGUAUAGGUAUGGACAUGACACUGAAAUUUMAGGAAGAUGAGGUUUUCUCUGCUCCUUUGAAAAUUUCAUCUCUGUCUAGAASGGUGUCUCUGAGGAAAACCCUGCAUUUACAGUGAGUACUCUUCCUUUUCUAGGCCCAAAAUAAAUAUGAACUGAUCUUUUUCCCACUACCACCCCAGGUCACAGAUAUUUAAAAAUAAACCCCUGUUCGCUCAUUUYUUCUCUGUCCUGUGAUCUGCAGCUCUGCCUGUCACCAUAACUCACAUCAGUGGUGGAUGUUGCCUCUCAUUUGUCGCUGGGAUACAGCAGGAAAUCUGAGAGACCUUUUAUAAAUAGCUUUACAGUAUUGUGACUCACAGUUCACCUGCAAUGAGAUGGCAAAACUCUGCRUGGGGGAACGUUCAAGCUGCAUUUACUCACCUGUCCUUCUCCAGACCUAGCAAGGGGCACAGCUCGUUUUCUCUGUGCCUGCAAAAUGUUAUCCCAGUGCAGAAAGGAUUGAACUAAUCAGCUGUUAAAAAAAAUACAGGAACCUUCAUGCUCAGCACARGGCCCAGGUAAUAGGAUUGKUAAAAAUAGGAUGGGUAAAAAAAAAAAUGUGCAUCUUUCUAUGGUCAGAUUAGCAGAUCUCCAAUGGUGGAAGGGCUGGCCAAAAACUCCAUGGCAGCAAUUGCACCAGAAGCAGCUUGAGGGGGAAUAUUGCACAUCUUCCUCCCUGUUGAGCCGCUGUUUUGAGUCACAAUUUGUGCCAUU